UGGGCUCAGUGGCUGAGGGAGAAGCAGGAGAGGAGACAGGGGAUGGUGCUGGAAGCAUCUAGAUGAAGAGUCAGCGGCCAGUGGGCUAUCAAUCACCUGGCCCUGCCGGUCCUGCCUAGGUGGCCCGAGAGAGGAGGAGGAGGAGGAGGAGAGAGGCAGUUACAGAGAGAAGAUGGCGUGGGACCAGCUCUUAUUAUUAUUGUACAUAAGGACUUUCCUCUUUGUUCUGUCGGUGCCCAUCAGAUGUGCCCAGUGCCAGCUGGUAGAGGCACCUACAGACCCACCUAAGAAGAAGCCGGACCCAGUAACUUCAGAGACUGUUGUCUUCUGGGGUCUUCGACUCUGGCAAGUGAUUGGCGUUUUCUCCAUCUUUGUUUUGGGAGUCAUUAUCACCCUGUGCUGCAUAUUCAAAUGCCGUAUCCCGAGGACCAAGAAGGAAAUCGAGGCCCGACAUGCCCAGCGCCUGGCCGGCAAGGAUUACGCUGACAAGCUGGAGUCAGUUCCACCCCUGAACGAGCUGACGGACAUUCCUGGAGGGUCUUCUGACAGUCUUCCAACUCUCUCUGGCCAAAUCCAGUCUAGAUCCCACAGGUCUUUGCCUGUUCUGAAAGAAGAAGAUGAAAUGACUCUUCAAGGGAACUAGAGACUUGCUACUAUCCCGCUCUUGCUCUUUUUCUCACGCUCUAGAAGACUCUUCUUUUCUUGGGUUCAGUUUUUAUCUGAUGUUUCCAGAUAUUUAUCUCAUGUCCUUAAGUAGAAGACUAUUGGCUGAAGGCACAGUUGGUGGGGAUCUGCACUAACAGGCUUAAUAAAAAAGCAACAUCAAAGUGGGGCCUAGAGUGACAAUUUGACAUUGAGCCGAGUUUGUUUCUACUUCCUACAUCGGCCACCAAUGCGCCUUAGGAAAGGAUAUUGAUUCAUUCUGACUCCAGUUAUGCAACUUGGAACUUGAGAGAACCAAUCCCAGUGUCUCCUUAUUAACUGCAGUUAUGUGGUUGCAGAAGAUACUGAUUAUUCAAGCACCCCCCUCCUUUUUGACAUAGUAAUAAAAAAACUGA